AUGUGCAUAGCAGCUUUUGUUUGGCAAGCUCACCCACUUUACCCUUUGAUUCUUUUGCAGAACAGAGAUGAGUAUCACAACAGGCCAACAAAGCCAGUGGGCUGGUGGGAAGAGAUUGAGAUAUUGGGGGGAAGAGACGAACUUGCCGGAGGGACUUGGUUGGCCUGUUCAAGAGAGGGAAGAGUGGCUCUCUUGACAAACGUAUUGGAGCUUCAUACACUUCAUGAGGCGAAGAGCCGGGGUGACCUUGCCGUGCUUUUCUUGGAGAGCACAAAGAGUCCAAGAGAAUUUGCAGAGCAGCUGGCGACAGAGGCUCAUCAGUACAAUGGCUUCAAUCUCAUUGUCGCCGACACUUGCUCCAAAACCAUGGUUUAUAUCUCCAACCGUCCACAAGGAGAACCCAUAACCAUUCAAGAGGUUUCCCCUGGAAUUCAUGUGCUGUCCAAUGCGAAACUUGACUCACCUUGGCCUAAGGCUCAGCGUCUGGAACAGAAUUUCAGGGAACUAUUGAACAAAUAUGGCGAAUUUGACUUACCAGUAAAAGAGAUGGUCGAAAAAUUGAUGGAGGACACGGUUAAAGCUGAUAAGAGCAGUUUACCCCAUAUCUGUUCUGCGGACUGGGAAUUUAAUUUAAGCUCCAUAUAUGUUGAAGUUGACACUCCAUUGGGACGUUAUGGCACUAGGAGCACAGCUGUUUUGUCUGUGAGAGCAAAUGGAGAAGUGAGCUUAUAUGAGAAGUAUCUCGAAAAGGACCAGUGGAAGGAAAAAACUGUGAAAUACCACAUAGAGAAGAUGAAGAAGACAGAAGGACAGAAAUCUACCUCUCAAAACUAAUAAAGUCGGAGUCAUUUAGAGACACAAUAUUAUGUGCAUAUCAUUCGAA